AUGUCCGGACACGUCCCGAAGAGAGGUCUUGGGGACUUCCCCAGCCUGGGUGCCGGAGCUAUUAUGAGUGCUGUGCGUUUCACGGCCAAACAGGUCCUAGAACAUAUAUUUUCCAAUGACUCUGACUGCGACGAGGAAGCGGAGGAGGAAGCGUCCAAAGAAGAAGACGGGGAGGAAUACAACCCAGAGGACGAGGAGACCACCGAGGACGACUACGACGCCGCCGCCGCCGCCGCCGACGAGGACGAUGCCCAAGUAGAAGAAGGCCAAGGCGUAGAAGACGAACGAGACGAUGACGACGACGACGACAACGACGACGACCACAACGACGACCAAGAAGAAGAAGAAGGAGAAGAAGAACAAGGGGAAGGUGAAGGAGAGCGAGGAGAGCGAGGAGACCGCCGCGGCUGCCGCCGCCGCCGCCACCGCAUCAGCCCCCGACCACAACACGAUAUCCCUCGAGUGGAAAGAGAGACAUUCGUGUCGAGAAACGGCCAAAUCCAAUGGUGCUCGGUGCCCUGUGACAACAAUCGGGGCGUCGGAGGGGCCGCCGCAGCGGCAAAAAGUAACAGGCUGGUUGCUGAGGUGCCGGAGGACAUGAGGCCUGGGCCUACUAGGCAGGCCGUAGGCCAAGCCCGCGACAUCCUCUCCACGUUCCGCUUGUUUUUCACACCGGAGAUAGAAGACAUCAUCCUGGAGAUGACCAAUCUGGAGGGCGUUCUAAAAUACGGAGCCCGAGGCGAUGGCGAUGGCGACGACGACCACCGCAACUACGCCGAUGACCACGAAGACCACGACGGCCGCUGGAAAGCGAUGGACUCCACCGACCUGCGAGCCUACGUAGGGCUGCUCAUCCUAGCCGGCGUGUACAGGUCCCGAGGCGAAGCAGCCUCUAGUCUCUGGGACGCCGAGAGCGGGAGGACCAUUUUCCGUACAACCAUGCCGCUCAAAGUCUUUCACGCUUACUCGAGACUCCUUCGCUUCGACGACCGCCAGACCAGAGCCGAGAGACGCGCAGCAGGCAGCGGUGACAAACUUGCGGCCGUGAGAGAGGUCUGGGACAAGUGGGUCGAGAGGCUGGCGCUCCUCAACAACCCCGGGCCCGACGUGACGGUGGACGAGCAACUGGUCCCUUUCAGAGGUGGGCCGGGCCAACAACACCGUGCAAGAGCACAACAACACGCUAAAGUCUCUCUCUCUCUCUCUCUCUCUCGCUCGCUCUCGCUCUCUCUCUCUCUCUCUCUCUCUCUCUCUCUCUCUCAGUAUAUUCCAAGCAAGCCCUGGGUGGCCUGCGACUCCAAAUCCAGCUACGACUGGAAGAUGCAGGUCUACACCGGGAAGGCCACCUGCGGAGGCCCAGAGAAGAACCAGGGGAUGAGGGUUGUGCUCGAUUUGACGCAGGGACUCAGGGGUCACAACGUCACCUGCGACAAUUUCUUCACCUCAUGCCAGCUCCUGAGGAGGAACGUCACCGUGGUCGGCACAGUCUGAAAGAACAAGCCAGAGCUCCCGCCGGCGCUGCUCGCCUCAAAGGACAGGCUCCUCUUCUCCUCCAAGUUCGCCUUCACGCCCACCACCGCUCGUGUCCUACCUGCCAAAGAAAAACAAGAACGUCUUACUCAUGAGCACGCUGCACACCGAGGCUCACGUUAGCCGUCGCCAGGACAAGAAGCCGGCCAUCGUCCUAGACUACAACAGCAACAAGGGAGGUGUGGACAACCUAGACAAGGUGAUUGGAACCUACAGCUGCAGGAGGAUGACCGCCCGCUGGCCCCUGGUCAUCUUCCACAACAUCCUUGACAUGUCCUCCUACAACGCUUUUGUCAUAUGGCGAGAGCUCAACCCUACUUGGAUGCCUGGUAAGCGAAACAAGAGGAGGGUGUUCCUCGAGCAGCUGGGAAAGGCACUAGUGACUCCGUUCAUACAAAGAAGGGCCCGUCUCCCUCGCACCGAAGCCUCUGCGGCGCUCGUCAAAGCUGUUCAGAGGGCUACGUAUCGUGAUCAGCCCCGGGAUCACGCCCCCGCCGCACCGGCCCACGCACCAGACCACGCACCGGCCCAAGCACCCGACCCCGCACAACCCAGUAA